AUGAUAGAAGGAGAAGUUAGGCAAGGAGAAGAAGUCAAGGAUGGAGAAAUAGUUUGGGAUGGGGAAGAAGUGAAGGAAGGAGAAGAGGUUAAGGAAGAAGAAGAAGUUUUGGAUGGAGAAGAAGUUAAGGGUAAAGAAGAAAGUAUGGAUGGGGAAGAAGUUUGGGAUGGAGAAGAAGUUAAGGAGGGAGAAAUGAUCAUGGAUGGAGAAGAAGUUAAGGAAGGAGAAGAAAUUAGGGAUGAUGAGGAAGAAAGUAAGGAUGGAGAAAAAGAAGUUAUGGACGGAGAAGAUGUUAAGGAAGGAGAAGAAACUAAGGAAGGGGAAGAAGUUAGGGAAAGAGAAGAAGUUUGGGAUGGAGAAGAAGUUAAGGAUGGAGAAGAAGUUUGGGAUGGAGGAGAAGUUUGGAAUGGAGGAGAAGAAUCAAAGUAUGGAGAAGAAAUUAAGGAAGAAGAAGUUUAG